GUCGUUUCCGCCGUUAGGGCUCAUGGCUGUUUAUGAAUCGAUUCCACACGGUCUGAAGUCAAAAGGUCCCUUAAAUCAUGAAGCAGCUGCCUCCGGACACAGUCCGGCUGUUGUCCAGCACCCAAGUCAUCACCUCUCCGUUGAACGUUGUGAAAGAACUGAUGGAAAAUUCCCUGGACGCCGAAGCUUCGAGCAUCGACAUUAAACUGGAGAACUACGGUUUGGACCGGAUAGAAGUGCGCGAUAACGGCCUUGGAAUCAAAGCCGCCGACACUCCCGUGAUGGCCGUGAUGCACUUCACCUCGAAGAUCUGUAGCAACGAGGACCUGGAGCGCCUGGAGACGUACGGCUUCAGAGGGGAGGCGCUGGGCUCCGUCUGCUCCGUUGCCGAGGUGGCUGUCAUCACGAAGACGGAGGAGGAUGACGUCAGCACCCAGUACACGCUUAGCUUCACGGGGGAGAUCGUGUCCCAGAAGCCGUCUCACUUGGGUCGAGGCACAACCGUGAGCGUACUGAAGCUGUUCAAGAACAUGCCGGUGAGACGUCAAUACUACUCCUCGAACAAGAAGUGCAAGGAGGAGCUGAAGAAAAUCCAGGAGCUGCUGGUGGCCUACGCCAUUAUAAAACCGGGCUUGAGGCUCACGCUCAUUCACAAUAAGGUGGUGAUCUGGCAGAAGGCCACGGCGGCCGACCACAGAAGUGCCCUCCUGGCUACGCUGGGAGCCGUCGUCGUCGCCAACCUGCUCCCAUGCCACCAUCACCAAGAGCAACCGGAGAUUCUUUUAGAAGGCUUUUUUCCCAAACCCGGAGCGGAUUACUCCUCUACGAGCUCUUCCGGCACUGACAAGACAUUCAUAUUCGUCAACAACCGGCCUGUCCACCAAAAAGAUGUAAUGAAGUUGCUACGUCAACACUACACCGCUCAGUAUCCGAAUGACCCGAUCCGGAACCGCUAUCCCACCGCCAUGCUUAAAAUCACGGUUCCACCGUCGUCAGUCGACGUCAAUCUGACACCUGACAAGACCCAGGUUCUUCUUCACGACAAGGAAGCUGUGCUGACCGCAUUAGAUGCAUUACUGGUUUCUCUCUACGGCUAUCGGCACGAUGGUGGUGACCCCCCAGCUGAGAAGCGUGAGACGUCCCCCUCGUCCCAAAGCGCAGAGAGGGUCAACGGUCUGGGUAACCUGCGCGAUCGCUUCCUCAACGAGGCGCCCGAACACGGCGCCGCGGCUCGAGCAACGAGCGCCGCCGCUUCGCUGGACCGCCGGCUCUCCAACGGCAGCUCCUCGUCCUCCGUGGCGGAGGACUGGGUGGUCGACCGGUUCCCCGCCGGGCUCGAGACCGACGUCUCUCUCUGCGACGAUGAGACGGCUCAAAGCAAGGACCGGAUAUCGGCCGGCUGGAGCCGGGGGACGGCUCUGACCGACCCCGUGUCGGGAGAACCCCUGCGGCCCGUCGAGAUCCACCGGCCCUCCAAGCACAGCCGUUCCGACUCCGACGAGAUCGAGAGUCGGAGCGUCUCCGACAAAAAGGCGUUCAACGCCAUCACGGAGAAGCGGGCUGCUCUGACGGCCUACGACCUGAUCAGCAACCGCGCCAUGAGGGCGCCGCUAUCUCCCGCCGGCCUGUUCGAGAAGGAGGCCAGAGCCGAGGUCCUUCGGGAGAAACCUACAGCCGGCCUGCAGGAGAUCAGCGACACCGUGCACCAGAGGUGGAAAAAUCUGAGGGAGGAAGAACGUAAGAAGUACGAGGAGAAGGCUAAAAAACACCUGGAACACCACGACCAGAGGACCAAGUUGGCUUCGGCUGAGGGCCCCGGGGAGACGAGCUUCAGCACCCCGAGGGGCCAGAAACGCAAAGCGCCGCUGUCCAACCAGCAGCUGCUGGACCAGCUCUUCUCAGCACAGCCCCAAAAGAAGACGAGGAACCCCGCGGCGCCGCCAAAGCCCUCGCGGCUCCUCCCCUGCAGCGUCGCCGCCCUCCGGCUGCGGCUGCGGCGCCUCUCGUCCCAAAGCGCCGAGGCGCCGCGGGGCCUCCGUCUUGUAAACCGGCUGGCCUCUCCGGGCGCCUGGGUCAUUUUACGCGGUCAGAAGCUUAUGUUGUUAAACCCGUUUCGAGUGGAGGAGGCCUUGCUGUUUAAGAGACUCCUGGAGAAUAAUAUACUUCCAGCAGUGAGUCUCCAGAACCCUAUCCAGUUAACAGAUGGGAGUCUGGGGGGGGCUGCAUACACAGAGGCUUUGUGCGACAUGGAGAAACAAAGCCCCGAGCUGAGCGGAGGGGUCCUCUUCUCCGACCCCAGGCUCGUGGCUAACGGCUUUAAAAUCAAACUCACUCCAGGCCUCACGUCGGCCGAGAGACAUCUGGAAGUGACGGCGAUGGCAGACUGCGUGCCUUUCCUCGGCGUGGACGACCUCGGGGAGAUCCUGACAGCCGUGCUUCACAGGAAGGCCCGGGCCGUGCACGAGUGCCGGCCACUUAAAGUCACAAACUACCUGCAAGGGGAAGCAGUACGACUCGCCCGUCAGUUACCUACAAAUCUAUCCAGGGAAGACGUGGAGGAAACUCUUCUCCGGAUGGAUCGGCAGCUCGCUGAGAACAACCGAACCUGCAUCCACGGACGACCUUUCCUCCAGCACCUGUCUGACGUCCCGUCUACGGACCAGGAAGCGAAAGCUCUGCUGAGGCCUCUAGAGCUGUGAGAGGAAGAGGAGGAAGAAGAAGACGCCUCAAUCAAAAACAUCUCCGCAGUCACAGCUGAUUAUUCUCAACGUGUAGCUACAUGAGUUGUUUUCAUUCUGCCCCAAAAAAUUAAAGUAUUUUUCAAACAUCA